AUGUAUUUUCCGCUGUUAUUCCAAGUAAUUAGUCGCAGUUGUUUUCGUUUCACACCUGCCGUACCCACUAUUGUGCAUUCUGUUUUACAUGGAUGUCCUGAUUGGCCAGUUAUUAGUACUUAUACUCUCCGCUGUCUCUUGUGUACCAUUAACGCUCGCGGUUCCAUACAGUUUAUUCAUCUUUAUGGUUUGUGUUCUGCUAUUCGUGUGAUGCCCAACGACCAAAAACAGAGCGAAGGUUCGUCCGUUCCGGCUGAAGUAGGCCAAACGUCUUCAGGUGAUAGUGGAGGCAACUCAGCAGCCGUUGAUCAAGUCUUUUCCAUGUUUAAGGAUUUUUGA